AUGAAAAAUGGUUUAUUUUCUUUAAAAGACUUAUUUUUUUUAGUGAAAAGUAUUUUUAAAUAUUUUCUUAUUUUUCUUAAUGGACUAUAUUUAAUAAAAUUGCUAAAAAGUUCUAAAGAGAAUAUCAAUUUUACAAAUGGGAUAACAUGUUUAAUAAUAGGUUUUAUAAUAAAAAUAGUAUUAAUAGCAAUAAACUGUAUUUAUUUCAUGAAUAUAUACCAGUUAAAAAAGAUUAAAAAAAGGAAUUUUUUAAAUUUAUUUAAUUUUACUAAAAUAAGUAGGAAUAUUAAUUCGAUAACUAUAGAAUAUGAUGACUUCGAAUAUAAAAAAUUGAUUAAGAAAUUUUUUUUUAAGAAAAUUUUUUAUUCCAUAAAAAAAAAACACAAAAUAGUAGAGUUAUAUAUGCUUAAAAUAUAUAAUAGCACAUUUAAUUAUUAUUUUUGCAAUAUAAAAGAUACAUUGUAUACAAUAAUAUGGUUCAUUAGUUUAUAUUUUUGGAGAAGAAAUUCAUAUGAUAUUAUGUGGAACUUCAAUAAAAUACCUCCAUAUAUAUUUAACAUUUUAUUUAUUCUUUUAUCAACAUCCUAUGUUGAUUUAAUUAUAAUUAUACUGAGUUAUAACAAAUCUAAAUAUUCCGUGAUGAAAUCUAAAUUACUGAUAGAUGUAUUUUUUAGUGCUCCAAGUGCUUUUUUUUUUUCUAAACAUUUUUUUUUUUUUGAGAAUCAAAUAGAUAUUUAUUUUAUGAUGGGAUUUUUGAGAAAUGUUAAAAUAUUUUUAAAUGUAUCAUAUGUUAGAAUUGAACAUAAUUCUAUUUUAACAAAUACAGAAAUUAAAAUUAUUAGAAUCGUUUUAGGAGUUCUAUUAUUAUGUAAUGCAUUUGCUUCUACCAUUUAUACUAUUCAAGCCAUUCAUCCUUAUAAUUUGAAAAAUGGCAAUUUUAAUUAUUUUCUUAAUAGCUAUUUAGAUUAUUUCUAUUUCUCCAUAAUAUCUAUAUCGACAGUGGGAUAUGGAGAUAUUUUUCCGAAUAAUAAAUUAAGUAAAGUGGUUUGCAUUUUUUUUAUAUUUUGGACGUUUAUUUGGGUUCCUAUACAAUUUAAUGAUUUAAUCAUUUCAAUUUUUUCAAAAAAAAAAUCUUAUGGAAAAAUUAGUUUGAACAACCAAAAAUUUAUUCUAUUAAUUGGUGAUAUUGAGCCACAACAGUUAAAUGUUUUUCUUUUUGAAUCCUUUGCUUAUGGAAACAAAUUAAAAUUUCAUUUAUUAACUAGUUAUCCUAUAAAUUUCUAUAAAGAUCAGAUAAAACUUGCUGAUUACUUUUGCAUACCUUUAUAUAUUCAGAAUUCAGAUUUAAAUGAAAAAGAAAAUACUAAUUUAUUAUCUACUAUUAAUGCUCACAAUGCUUAUUAUUUGUUUCUUUUUUCCAGUAAAUUGUAUAAUAGUCAGUAUAACGUAGAUACCAAAUCUUUCGCGAGAUUAUUAAUUUUGAAAAAGUUUUUAUUAGGAAAAAAAAAUGCAGUAAUUGAAUUAAGAAAUAAUUGUAUGUCAAAUAUUAUUAAAUCUAUUGGAUAUGAAAAUUUUGUUAUUGUUAAUUUAAAAUAUUCUUUAAUUGUAAAAAAUAUUAAAUAUCCUGGAUUUAUAACUUUAAUUUUAAAUUUGUUUACUGCAUAUAAUUUUGAUAUAUAUUCAUACAAAAUAGACAAUCUGAAUUAUUUUCCAUCAUUAAAAUAUAAAUACGAAUUCACUAGAGGAUCUAGAACCAAAAUUUUUUCAUUUUCUGUUCAUAAAAAUAUGGUUGGAUUAAAAUAUGAUAAAUUAUUUUAUAAGUUAUACGAAUCGCUUGGUAUUAUAUUACUGGGAAUUGAAACUGACAAUCCUAUUUCUUUUAAAAGUAAAUAUAGAAAAAAAAGCUUUUUCAUAGAUAAUUUAUUUAAGAUAAUUAAAAAAAAAAAAAAAAACAGUUUUAAAUUUAUACAUCUGCAUUUAUUGAAAAAGUAUAUUCAACCAUUUAAUUACAUGAAUAAAGAAAAUCAACAAAAUAAUAACAAUCAAAGUAACAGUAAUAAUAAUAACAUGAAAAAUAUAAACAAAAAAAAAUCUACAAUUGAAAAAUGCAACUUACCUCUUACAAAAGAUGCUAAUAUUUCAAAACAAAAAAUGUUCAUUGGCUAUAAUGAUAAUGUUAGAAACUAUGAAUAUUCAUCUAAUAAUGAAAGCUCUUCUAAAAAGUAUGAAAAUGUGGUCAAUGAUAAUAGUCUUACUCAUAAUAACAAUUUCUCUAUAAAAAACAGCUAUUCUAAUAAUAACACAAAUCUUUCUAAUGUAUGUAUAAAUAUCAUUAAUAAUAGUUCGCAUAAUAAUUUAAAGAAAACAUAUCAAAAAAAAGGAGGAAAAUACUUUGAAAAUACAGAACAAUGUGAUUAUAAAUUAUGCAAUAGAAAAAAAAGUAGUUUAUCUACAGAUCAAAAUAAUAAAAACAAAAGCAGCAGGAAACUAAAAUGUUAUUUAAAUCUUUUAGGAAAAAGUUACUUCAUGAAAAAGAGUGAUAAAUGUAUUGUUAUUGCAGAUUCUAGGAAAGUCAUAAAAUAUUUAUCUAAAGCAAAGGAUUUAUUUUGGCUAUUUGAAAUUAAAAGUAAAAAAAAAAAUAAAAUAUCUUAUGAUUUAAAAUCAAUUAUAAAAACUAAACAAAGUUUUAAUAAAUACUUUACUAAGGAUAUAAAGAAAAAUAUGGCUACUAAAUCUUUAGAAAAAAAAAUAGGAAUUAAAGAAUAUGAAAAUAUAAUAGCAAUAAAUUAUCAUGAAUUAUUUAAUAAUUACAGAAUUUCUAAAUUUUUCACAAAAAAAAGUUAUGAUUAUAAAAAAAAAUGUAAAUUGCUUUUAUUUGAAGACAGAAAGAAAAAUGAAGAAAAAAACUUGAAACUACUACAUAGUAUCAAUAAAUAUGAAAAAGAUAAUAGUGAUUGCGAUUAUAACACAACUUAUGACAAUGAUAUAUUCAAUUGUAUAAAUUAUUCAAAUUUAAUAGCUUAUGAAUGUGAUAAUACAGAUAAAAAUGUAAAAAAAAAAAAUAAUUUGUAUGAUGGCUAUAAUUUUGAAAAUAAAACUAAGAAAAAAAAAAAAGAAAAAAGUUUUAGAACUAAUAAUGAUACUGAAAUAUUACAUACAUCUUACACACAAUUAAGUCAAAACGAAACUAAUUACUUUAACCAUAAAAGAAAAUUAAAAAAGAAAAGUUAUUUAAAUAAAUAUUGCAACUUUAAAGAAGUAGAAAAUUUUAAAGAAAGCAACAAAAAAAAAUUUGAUUAUACAUUAAAAAAUCCAGUAGUCUAUUCCUAUGCGGAAGCAUACGAAAAAUAUUUUCAAAAAAAUAAUAAUAAGUUAUUAUUAAUAAUCAACUGCACAUCAAAUAUAAUACAUUUAAUUAAAAUGAUAAAUAAUAAAUACAAAUAUAAUAUUAUUAUGUUAACUGAUGAAAUGCCUCCAAUUAAUAUUUUUGAUUUAUAUAAAUAUAAUGUUGUUUUUAUAAAAUUUAAGUAUUUAGAUGAUUAUAAUUUAAUAAAUGCAGGUUUGAUACAAGCAAAUUACAUAUUAAUUUUUCCAACUAAAAUUAAUGACAUAAAUGAUAUAAAUGAAAUAGAUAUGAACACAAUAAUAUUAACAAGAAAAGUCACACAGCUAUUGAAAAAAAUAAAAAAAACACACUAUAUAAAUAAUAUAAUUACAGAAUUAAUUAACCCCUCAAAUAUCAUUUUUCUUGAAGAAAAUAAAAUGAUAAAAUUAAUAGAUAAAAAAUCUCCUUAUUGUGAUUUUUUCCCAUAUGUAAAUUCGUCACAAUUUUAUUCUAGUAAUAUUAUUUGUGAAACCAUGUUAUAUAAUUUUAUGACUCAUCACAAAAGUUUCUCUAAAUUUUCAGUGUGUAAUGAUACAUUGGAAAGUUUAAUAAAAUACAUAAGUAUUAUAUAUAUAUGUGAUUUGAAUAAGUAUUUUGAUUUUUCCUUUAAAAGAAUAAAAACUUUUCGUGAUAUCUUUUAUUUUUUAUCAAAAAGAAAUAUUACUAUUAUUGGCUUAUAUAGAAGAGGAGAUAAAAAUAUUCCCUUUUAUAUAUAUACAAAGCCUAAUGAAAAUUGUCUAUUAAGAUUUGAUGAUAUAAUUUACGUUUUAUAA